AUGGCAAAAGCUCCGGCCGGUGCCCGUCUUCGGGGCAAGGUUGCCAUUGUAACAGGAGGAGGCUCGGGCUUCGGCGCAGCCAUCUCUCGGCGCUUCGGUGAGGAGGGCGCCAAGGUCAUUCUCACCGAUAUCAAUGUCGAGAACGGAGAGAAGAUCGCCGCACAAAAUCCCGAGAACCUGCUCUUCCGCAAGAUGGACGUCACGAGCGCUUCGGACUGGGACGAGGUCAUGGAUCUUGCCUUUGCCAAAUUUGGUCGGUUGGAUGUGCUGGUCAACAAUGCCGGCACCACAUACCGGAAUAAGCCCACUUUGGAAGUCACCGAGGAGGAGUGGGAACGUGUGUUUAAUGUCAAUGUUCGGAGCAUCUUCCUUGCAUCGAAAGCAUUGAUGGGGCGGUUGAUCCAGCAGGGCCAAGGAGGUUCUAUGAUUAACAUCUCCUCCACUGGAGCUUCGAGGCCACGACCGGGAUUGGUGUGGUACAAUGCAUCCAAGGGUGCUGCCACCAAAGGGCUUGCGGCUGAGUACGGCCCCCACAAUAUCCGCGUCAACACAGUCUGUCCCCUCCUGUCCGGGACGGGUCUGUUUUCCAUGUUCACCGGCAUGGAGGACACGCCUGAGAAUCGUGAAAAGUUUAUCGGGAAUGUGCCCCUCGGCCGGUUGACCGACCCAGAUGAUGUGGCGAAUAUGUGUUUGUACCUUGCGAGUGAUGAGGGCAGUUUCAUCAACGGCACGGAGAUGAUCGUCGACGGUGGCAAGUGUAUCUGA